CGUGUUGUCCCGCCUCCCUCCCCCCCCGCAGACCAACAAGAAGACGGGGCAGCCCAUGAUCAACCUCUACACGGACCGCGAGACCGGCAAGCUGAAGGGGGAGGCCACGGUCUCCUUCGACGACCCCCCCUCGGCCAAGGCCGCCAUCGACUGGUUCGACGGCAAAGAGUUCUCCGGCAACCCCAUCAAGGUUUCCUUCGCCACCCGCCGCGCCGACUUCAACCGCGGCGGCGGCGGCGGCCGGGGCGGCCGCGGCCGGGGAGGCCCCAUGGGGCGCGGAGGCUUCGGCGGCGGCAACAGCGGCUCGGGCGGCGGCAACCGCGGCGGCUUCCCCAGCGGCGGCGGCGGGCAGCAGCGAGCGGGCGACUGGAAGUGCCCCAACCCGGCCUGCGAGAACAUGAACUUCUCGUGGCGCAACGAAUGCAACCAGUGCAAGGCCCCCAAACCCGACGGCCCCGGCGCGCCCCACAUGGGGGGGAAAUACCCCGGCGGCGGCCGCGGCGGCGGCGGCAACCACAUGGGAGGAGGAGGAGGAGGAGGAGGAUUCGGAGAGGAGCGGCGAGGAGGGAGAGGAGGAUUCGAUCGCGGCGGCUUCCGAGGGGGCCGCGGAGGAGACCGGGGAGGAUUCCGAGGGGGGCGAGGGGGAGACCGGGGAGGAUUCGGGCCCGGGAAGAUGGACUCGAGGGGCGACCACCGGCAGGACCGCCGCGAGAGGCCAUAUUGACCCCCCUUGGCUCCGCCCCCUCCGCCAUUUUUUACUCCAAGCCCCGCCCCCCGGGGCCUUGGCCCCGCCCCCGGGGGCCUUGGCCCCGCCCCUUGAGGCCGUGGCCCCGCCCCCACCCUGCUUUUAACCCUUUCCUCCCCCCGCUCCCAAUUAACGGGUGGGGGGCUGACG